CAACAAUAUGAGUUCUUCAUCAUCAGUAGCAAACAGGGCUUGGAUGGUAGCAGCGAGUGUGGGAGCUGUGGAGGCCUUGAAAAGAGACCAAGGGAUCUGCAGGUUGAGUCAAACAAUGAGAUUGGUGCAACAACAUGCCAAGACCCACCUCAGAUCUCUUUCUCAGGCGAACCAGAGACUCUCUUCCUCAUACUCUGCUUUGUUUUCAAGGAAACUCAGAGAUGAGAUGCUGAACCAGUCUGAGGAGUCUAUGAGGAAUGUCAUGUACCUCAACUCUUGGGGUCCCAACUAACCAAGUCUGCUUGUUUUACAGAGAAUGCAUGAUUGUAAUUAGAUUGUAGAUUUCUAAUUCUCUGUAAUACAUGGAAGAAAUUAAUACGAGACUCGAUCCAUUUUGGC